AUAACCUCGGCUUUUGGCCGCACGUGUACGUAUGUGUGUGUGUGUGUUGGUGUGUAUAUAUAUCGGAAAUCCAACUGACACGUACAAUACAUGAUAAGCCAAUGUUAUCGCGAUGUUAAAUCUCGCGUAAAAAAAAAAAUAUAAUUACAGCUCCGGUAUUAAAUAAUUCGAGCAAACGCGCGUCGUCUCUCUUGACGUCCACCAUCUCGAUCGACAUCAUUGAAGAUAACGCAGAGCUCACAUAGAUAGGUACUCCAGCUUUUCUCUUGGAGCGUAUAUAAAGAUCCUUUCCGAUCAACCGAAGCACAGUUUGGGCAGGACCUUCUACGAGAACAGCAGUACCAUUUCAGCAACGACAAAAUCUCAAUCAAGAUGAUGGGCAAAUGCAUGUUGAUUCUUUUUGUCCUGUCGUUGGUGAGCAGCGCGCUUUGUCAAACCUUCCAGUAUAGUCGCGGAUGGACCAACGGCAAGCGAUCCGAUUUUCCGAGUUCACCGGAAAUCUCCACUGUAGGAUACGAGCGUAUCAAUAACGGUAAUCUCAACAGGCUGAAGAUGCUGAUACACGGAAGCACCGACGAACAACCGCUGUUAAUCCACUGCGACUUCGUGGACAAAUUGAGGAAUUUGCUUCAGACAGAUAAUUAUGUUCCUCAACUGCACCGAGAAAAGGGACCGAAUCUAGAAUACUGAAAAGGAUACUCGUCGUGAUAUACUUGUCAUGAUUGUUUCAAUGAUGUACUCGGCAUGUAAAUUUAAAUGCAUAGUUUUAAUCAAAGCAGAAUAAAUUAUCAUAUUAAUCGUAAAAA